GCUUGCCGUCGGCCUCAGUUCCCGCCCUUCCUCUGCGCUGGGCGGGAAGCCGAGGCAGGAGAGGCCGAGGAGGAGGAGGAGAGGCGUCGGCCAUGGCCUGCCCUGAGGCGGCGGCGGCGGAGGUGGAGGAGGCGCGGGCUUUCCUGGGCUCCCUCCUGAGGGACUUCCCGAAGGCGCUGGGCCCGGACGAGGCGCUGCCUUGGAGCCCCCCGGGCCGAGGGGCUUCCCCGAGCCCAGACGAGGCCCCCGCCGAAAUGGCCGACUUGGCCCGGACCUUCCUGGGCAGCAGGAAUGCACCACCCCUCCUUGCAGCAUCUUUGAUUCAUGCUGCAGUCAGUGAUCUGCUACAGACUGAUCUCAGUGAUUUUCAAAAGCAGAAUGUUGAAGAGGAGGAAGCUGGACACCAUGGGACAUCUCCUUUGUUGGAUGGAGGUCCUUUGCAGCGCUGUUUCUUUAACAAACUCUGGGAAGUUUGCUGCAAAUGGCAAAAGCAGCCACCAACUCUCAAGCCCCUUGACCGCUACCUCCAGGUUUCUAUCCACGCAACCCGUAAUACUCGUCGGAAAAUGGAGGACAGACAUGUUUGUCUACCAGAAUUUAAUCAACUUUUUGGCAUGACGGAUAAUGUGGACAGAGCAUACUUUGCCGUGUUUGAUGGGCAUGGAGGAAUAGAUGCUGCGAACUAUGCAGCUACUCAUUUGCAUGUAAACGUGGCACAUCACAAGGAGAUCCUGAGAAAUCCAGUGGAGGCCUUAAGAGAAGCCUUUGAAAAAACAGAUGAAAUGUUUCUUUUGAAAGCCAGGAGAGAGAAGCUGCGCAGUGGUAGCACCGGUGUUUCUGCCUUGAUUGUGGGGAACAAGUUACAUAUAGCUUGGCUUGGGGAUUCCCAGGUGAUGUUGGUCCAGCGAGGGAAAGCUGUAACCCUGAUGGAACCUCACAAACCAGAGAGACAGGAUGAAAGACAACGCAUCGAAGCAUUAGGAGGCUGUGUAACCUACACAGACUGCUGGCGUGUCAAUGGAACCCUGGCUGUUUCCAGAGCUAUUGGUGACCUGCUCCAAAAGCCAUAUAUCUCUGGCUGUGCAGACAGUGCAUCGUUUGAGCUGACAGGUGCUGAAGAUUAUGUGCUUCUAGCUUGUGAUGGAUUUUUUGAUGCCAUCCAACCUUUCGAGGUGGUGGACCACGUUCUAGAGCACUUAAUGCAAAACAAAGGGGAUGGUCUCAAGACGGCGGAGAGCUUGGUCUCAGCAGCAAAGGAGAGCGGAUCCACUGACAACAUCACCGUCUUGGUGGUAUUUCUAAGGGAACCCAAAGAGAUUAUGGCUGACUGUCUCAGAGAGCCCAAAGGUUGCCCUGAAGAUGACAGUGCAGCAAAGUCACUCUUUAACAUUUUCAGCUCCAAAACAAACAAUUGAAGUGGUUGCAAUUGAAAGAGUGACUGUCAGAUCCGCUGAAAGCUCAAUAUCCACAUGUAAGGAGGUUUGAAAAGAGAAAACCAGAAGUCUCUUUCUGGUAGCUCUGUUACCACUAGAAACCAAAAUGAUUGUGCGGUGGACAAAAUGCUAGAAUUCAAGUGACCCCAACAUUUUGAAAUGUGGAUUCUUCUAUAGAACAAGCCUGUGCCUGGGUUGUACCACUUCAGACUGUUCAGAUAGGAUGAGAUGACUGUCUGUUUCUUCCUAUCAGGAAAAGGGCUAUUAUUUCUAGGAACAGCGAGAACUGUAGCCUCACAUUCUCUCUGACUUUUCAGCAUGAAGGUUUGUUUAAUAGAGACACAGUCAGUCUAAAACAGAGCUUGGGAAAUUACUUUUAAAAAGCAAUUAAUGAUAGUCCCAAAGUCCAGAAAUAUCCCUUUAAAAAAAAAAAGGUAACUUUAUUUUUCCGUAUCUUAAAAGCAUCUAAAUGUGUUGCUUUAUAGAUACUUCUGGAAAGCAGGUAAUCUUUCACUCCUUUGUGGAUUUUGGAUUUUGUUUUAUUCUGCUGUAUGGCUAGCAUUGCUACUCUUGGUUAUGUUUUAAAGUUAUCAUUACACUCCAAGGAGAGGGAUGCUCUCCAUCAUUCGUUCAGAUUUGUAAUAUAGCUAUACUCUCAUAGGAAACAAGACAUCAUUCUGAAAAACUGGUUGUUUUGUAACUUUAUUUCCAAGCUCUGGCCUGAAGUGAUGCAGCUCAGACACAAGUUUUACCACCUUAAUAAGAACUAACCCUCAGAGCACUCUCAGGUUUCUGCAUUUACUCCUUGGCAGUAGUUUUACAUCUGCCCGUUUACAUCUGUUUGUUUUGGGAGUUGGUGAAAAGGAUCUCAACUCGAGAUCAAGACCUAAAUCCAGCGGAGUUUACAUAAGUACAUUGACUUACCAAAUCCCCAUUGAUUUCAUUUCUAGUUGGGCCUAACAGUUGAGCUUAGGACUAAAACGUGGGACUCUCUGGAAUGCUGUUAAGUCGCAUAUGAUUUAAAGAGAGCUGCACUUAGAUAUUAUUUGUAUUUAAUGUGUGUGAAUAAGCUACAGUCAUCAUCACUGGAGAUGAGUUAAUUCCUGUGGUCAGAUUCAGUAUUAAAUGGAGUAACCAAGACUGGAACAUUAGCGGCUUUAUUUCUAUGUAAGAGUUAAGGCCCCUUCUCUCUGUUGCAUACCAAAGAAAAUACUAGUGAUAAAUGUCAAUGAUGUGUUAAGGAGGCCUAAGAAAGAACAGUUAGAUAGUGAGAUUUAAAAUAUGAACAGAGAAUAUCUACUUAUAUAGCUAACCAUCAGCAGGGGAAUUUUCUCUGUGGAUGUAUCCUUACUUGUAACUGAUUUUGGGUUUUGCCACUGCAUUCUCUUUGGGGUUCAUUUAGUGCUAUAUAUGAACAUUUUGUUGCUCCAAUGUGAUAAGACAUUACUCUUCCUGUUGUACGCAUCUCAUGGUGAACCAUAUGUAGAAUUUUUAUAUUAGUAUUGUUAUACUGUACUUGUGCUGGGGACCUUUUUUGAAGUAUUAUAAUAUGUUGGAAGCCUUAUUUAAAUCAAGAUUUAGAUGUCCAUGACCGUUAUGUCUUGCUUUGGAAACCAGCUGCUCUCAAGUGCCAUAUGCCCUCUAGCAAAGGUGCACAGGGCUGCUUUAUUUCUAUUAUAUUGUGUGGAGCAUAUGAUUGCUUUUAUUGUCAUUUGAAGAGGGGUUUUAUUGAAACAGCCAAAACACUUGUAAAGCAUUACAACUUUUUAAAAUGUAUGCAGAAACUGAUGUAGUUCAGGGACAUUUGGGCAGGGCAGGCCAAGUUAUUUCAGAACUUU